AUGGUACAUGAAAAGGCAUGCAGCCCUGGCAUCUUGCUUCCUGUUAAUGGCACCAACUCUGCCUUCUCCACCUUCCUGGUCACAGGCCUCCCAGGGCUAGAGUCUGUGCACAUCUGGAUCUCCAUACCGUUUUGUGCCAUGUUCCUUAUUACCUUGAYGGGCAAUGUGAGCAUCAUGACAAUUAUUUGGCAGGAGGAGACCCUCCACGUGCCKAUGUAUACCUUCCUGGCCAUGUUAGCUUUCUCUGAUCUGGGCCUGUCCUUCUUCACCUUUCCCACCAUGCUGAGGAUCUUCUGGAUGGAUGCUCGAGAGCUAACCUUUUCUGCUUGCUUCACCCAGAUGUUCUUUAUUCACACCUUCCAGGAUUUUGAGUCAGCCAYUAUUCUGGCAAUGGCCUUUGACCGAUAUGUGGCCAUUUCUCACCCAUUGCAUUAUUCCUCCACUCUUACCAAUAACAUCAUUGCCAAGAUAGGUUUGGCUAUUGUUGUGCGAACCUUGAGUGUGCAAGUGCCUCUCCCCCUGCUCUUGAGGAGGCUGUGCUUCUGUCACUCCAACAUACUUUCUCACUCCUACUGCCUGCAUCCUGACAUCAUAAAGCUGUCCUGCUCUGAUACUAGGAUCAAUAGCAUCUUUGGACUGUUUGUGGUACUCUCUACUAUGGGACUUGAUUUUCUCCUCAUUCUCCUUUCUUAUGUGUUGAUUCUGAACACUGUGUUGCGCAUUGCAUCUCACAGUGGCCGCCUCAAGGCUCUCAACACCUGCAUCUCCCACCUGUGUGCUGUGAUCCUCUUCUUCACACCCAUGAUCUGCCUGUCUAUGCUGCACCGCUUUGGCCCAAGCCUUCCAUCCCACAUCUAUGUGACCAUGGCCAACAUGCACUUCCUCAUUCCCCCUGUGAUGAACCCCAUUGUGUAUGUGGUGAAAACCAAGCAGAUGCAGGAUAAAAUUCUGAAAUUCUUCACUAAAAAAACCUCAUAA